AUGCGUUUUAUUGCCAGAUCGCUGCUUCUGGGCAAUGUCUUGUUUGCCAAGACCGCUUUAUGUUCAAGUCAUGUCGCCAAAAGCCCGAGUUCCUUGGCAGGCAAUGGCAUCGUGCAAAAAUACAUUGUUGAAAUCAGUGAGGGAUCCUCUAUUGAGCUUACCAAAGGCAUUAUCCGUUCGAACAAUGUAGUGGUGCAAGACAAGUUUGAUUGUCCUGCUAUUUUCACUGGUGCAGUGAUUGAAGCCUCUGUCGACAACAUCGACUCUAUCCGGAAGCUCCCUGGCGUGGUGAGUGUUUGGCCGGUUCGAACAAUUUCAACGCCAUCAUCACCUCUACCUGGUAAAAUAGUCAGUCAAAAGCAACCCAAGAGCCAGUCGGUCCACCGAUGGACUGGAGUAGACCGGCUCCACGCAGCCGGGAUCAAAGGCAGAGGGACCAAAAUUGCGGUUGUUGACACCGGGAUUGACUAUACACAUGAGGCGUUAGGUGGUUGUUUCGGACGAGGUUGCAAAAUUGCUGGAGGCUACGAUCUUGUUGGGCCGACUUGGAACUUGCGCUCCGAAAGGACGCAUCCUAAAAAGCAAGACAACGAUCCUAUGGACUUCAAAGGGCACGGAACGCACGUUGCGGGCAUUAUUGCAGGCCAUAACGACUGGUUCCUCGGUGUUGCUCCUGAAGCAGAGCUUCUUGCAUAUAAAGUCUUUUCCGACGAGCCUGGCCAGUCGGACACCACCGAAGACGUUCUCAUACAAGCAUUUUGUGACGCGUACCUUGACGGUGCGGAUGUCAUUACGGCUAGCGUAAAUAGGCCGGAAGGUUUUGUCGACAACUCUUGGGCUCUGGUGGCGAGCCGUAUCGUUCACAAAGGGGUCUUUGUUUCCAUAGCCGCUGGAAACGAAGGUGAACAGGGGCCAUUCUUUUCUGGAGUAGGGUCAAACGGGUUGAAUGUGGUAUCCGUUGCAGCAAUCAAUACUACCGGAGACCCGCAAAUGGAUGGAAACAGUUCUAUUUCUAGACCUACUGCAGCAUAUUUCAGUUCCUGGGGACCCACCAACGAGUUACUGCUGAAACCCGAUAUUGGAGCUCCGGGUUGCGACAUUCUCAGCACUUAUCUCAACCAAGAGUUCAAAACGGAUAGCGGUUCUUCUAUGGCAGCUCCAUAUGUAGCUGGCAUUGCUGCCUUGUACAUUUCCAAGAAUGGCGGUCGAGAGCUUCAUGGAUCAAAUUUUGCCGUGGACCUGGCAAAUAGAAUCGUUGCUUCUGGUCGGAAUGUUGCCUGGAGUACUGGUGAGAUCAAGCUAAAUGAGUCGGCGCCGCCAUAUCAAGUAGGGAGUGGGCUUGUGGAUGCUCACAAAGUCGUGUCAUACACAACUGAGCUCUCGUUAGCCUCCUUCUCGCUCUUGGAUACUGAGCUAUUUAAACCGAUCUGGGACGUCAACAUCACCAACAAUUCAAACAAAACUAUACGUUACUCGUUUGAAUAUGAAUCUUUACCGGGCGUAGAGAUAUAUGACGGAGUCAGUGACAUCAAGCGUCUGUCCAAGUUGCAGCCACUCAGAAUAUCCCCUCUGGUGACACUACCGCCAAACGCAAGUCUAACGUCCGGCCAAACAAAGAGCUUUAGAUUCAAGUUCACCCUUCCUGAAGGCGUGAAUGAUAACAUGCUUCCAUUAUACAGCGGAAAAAUUCAUAUCAAGGGCAGCAAUGGAGAAAGACUCUGCAUGCCUUAUGGAGGAGCCGCCUAUGAUACCGAAAAGGCGUUUGAUACAAUGUUCGACGGCGAGCCGAUGAUUGACGGAUGGCAUGAUGGCGCCACUUGGUCAUUCGAUCCCGGCCGAACACCAGCAGACUUUGCUAACCUAGCUUGUCGGCUCAGUUAUCCUUGCGUCCAUCUUCGAUGGGAUAUUUUUGAGCGUGAUUGGACUGAGCUGGAAUGGAACUACCCGCUUGAGAUAGGAAAGGAUCGAUACAUCGGAUCCGCCACCUCAGUCCGGAAUUCGGAUAAAUAUCUCCGGUUUGAUGCCUCUGUUAUUGACAUUGACGAUACCAUAUCUUUUCCGUUGAUGAGAGUCCCUCGCGGGUAUCAACGAUUUUGGUGGUUUGGGAAACUAGCGAAUGGAACGCAUAUAGCACCUGGGAACUAUAGCAUGCGUAUCGCAGCAUUGAGACCAUACGGGGAUCCAACCAUAUCGGAUCACUGGGAUAUCAUGGACAUGGACAGACAAAGCGUCCAGAUACUGCCCAGAAACGGAACGACUCCCGCAAAUAUCGGCUUCUUAGUGGCAAGGAAGUGA